AGAGAGAGAGGCUUUUGCCAUUCGUGUCAAGUACUCAAUAUGGAAAAGUUUUAAGGUCGAUCAACACCUUCUUAUAUGAACCCUGGAACAUCAGCACCUUCUUUGCAUUUGUUAUCAUCUUGUAAUGUUGAACUAUUAGUAUGCAGUGUAGCAAUUGAUCACUUGAGGUCUCAUAAAGUCCUGAGGAUUUGAUGAAGAGGAUCAAAUAUGGAAUCUGAAAGUGCAAGCAAAAGCAACCAGCUCAUAAAUACGAAACCUGAGGAUAAUCGCGAAGAUGGAAAACCGCUUUUGGAAGAAAACAAUCCCAAACUUUCUUCCCGUUCUUCUUCUUCUUCUUCUUCUUUGGAAUUAUGCAAUGGCAUUCCUGAUAAUUCCUCCUCCAAAUCCCAGCAUGAGGGAGCUCUUUCAUCAGAAUCAGAAUCUUUAUCAUCACCAGAUGUCUAUCAGACACCUCAGUGGAGCAUGAUGAGCGCAUCUCCACGUGCCGGAAGCACACUUCUUCUGUCACAAGAAUUGUCACGCCAGAAUCAGGACUGGAAUGCUUUCAGUACAAUGAAAUCUCCCCCAGUUCAAAACAUGGGGCGUCCCACAGAUUAUGAUCCAAAUAGGAUUCCAGCAUCUGUAUUUAUAACCAAAAGAACAGGAAAUAUGGAGUGGAGUGUCGCUUCAAAUGAGUCACUGUUUAGCAUUCAUAUGGGAAAUAACAGUUUCACUAGGGGUUAUGCUAUGUUCGGCAAGUCUGGAGAAUUUCCGCGGCUUGAAGAAUGGAACAGUUCACCAUCCAAUCUUCAUUAUGUUCCUGAAACCAAAUCUGGUGAGUUGAACAGCUCCGCUUCCAGCCUUCCCCCGCUCAUUGAAGUACCAGCAGACAGAGAAAAUAGUGUAAAAUUAGGGGAGACUUCUAGAGUAGAAAAAGAAGAUUGCGGCUUAUGCCCAAAGGUAGCCCCAACAGAAACUGUAGAAGAUCAAGCAAAGGAAAAGCCAGCUAUGACUGAAGAAAUUCAUCUCCCACCUAGUGUUUCUAAUGUAUCAGAUGGUAAAAUAUCUACUCAUUCUCCAUUGAGUCCCUCUUGUCCUUCUGAUGACAGUGGAAACAGCAACAUCUCAUUUGCUUUCCCAGUAUUGGUAAAAGACGGAGUGAAAACUGAGUCGUUGAAAACGGUACCUAAGGAACCUGUAAAACCACAAUUGGAUUCAAAACCUUCGAAUGCAACACCCAAAGCCUCCGAGAUGAGAUGGUUUUCUUGCUUCUUUUGUUGGCCUCUUCGCCAUUGAGAUACCAUUUAUAUCUAAUUUAUUUUCUGAGUUGGCAUUCUGGGAACUAAUAGCAUGGAAGUAAAAAUGAUAGGCUUUUGGUGUGAAACUAAUUGCCUAUCUCUGUUAUUUGUACUUGAUGGAUUGUAAUUUCGAUCAAU